ACACAGCGCCCCCGAGUGGUUGUCCUAAAAUGUAACACUCGGAUCGUUUUGAGAGCAAUCAAGCUAACAGAGGCUUGGACGGGAUGCGCCGGAUAAACUGGAAUACGACACGCCGGCAUUUGCCUUUAAUGUCCUGGUAAAUAAAGCUGUAAUUUAAAAGGAAUGAAAUUUCGCUUUGAAGCUGAAGGGUGAAUGUCGUCCUGUCGAGCUGAACGCUGCUGUUAGACCCUGCCAUCGUACGAAACUACUGAGGGCAGCCAACGUCUGCGUUGGUGUGAAACGCCUCGGCUUCCAGCGCCAAACUCAGGGAGAUGGCUUCACCCUUCGUGCCUGUCCCCGUCCCCAUGUCCGGCGGCAGGCUGAGGCGGCCGCAGCGUGCCGCAUCUCUCGGGAGCGUCUCCAGCGGCUCCGAGUCCUCGUGCACCAUCACCAGGUCGGCGGGGGACGAGCGGGGUCGGACCGGCGGGGGGUCGGGAUCGCAGCGGCAGUCGCGAUGCGCGGACAGAGCCAACCGCAGCCAGACGCCCCCGCCGCCGCAGAGCCCCGUGACCCGGGCCAGGGUGAACGGGACGCUGGAGGCGUCCGUCCAGUACUCGACUUGCCCUCGCUCCAUGUCGGACCCCGCCGGGAGCCAGCAGGCGGAGGAGAGGCCGAUCACCCCGACCGUGCUGGGGUACGAGGUCAUGGAGGAGAGAGCCAAGUUCACGGUGUACAAGCUCCUGGUGAGGAAGAGUCAAGACGAGAACUGGGUCGUGUUUAGAAGAUACACCGACUUCUCCAGACUCAACGACAAGCUAAAGGAAAUGUUCCCCGGCUUCCGACUCGCUUUGCCUCCUAAGAGGUGGUUUAAAGACAACUACAACAGCGACUUCCUGGAGGACCGGCAGCUGGGGCUGCAGGCAUUUUUGCAGAACUUGGUUGCACACAAAGACAUCGUCAACUGCCUUCCAGUGAGGGAGUUUUUGUGCCUCGAUGAUCCUCCUGGGCCUUUUGACAGCCUUGAGGAGAGCAGGGUGUUCUGUGAGACGCUGGAGGAAAGCAACUACCGCCUGCAGAAGGAGCUGCUGGAGAAGCAGAAAGAGAUCGACUCUCUGAAGAGGAAGCUGGAGGAAAAGGAGCAGACCAUCCUGAUGCUGGAGAAGCACGCCAACGGAGGAAGCCCGGGGUCUCCCUGCGGUCUGUCGGCUCAGGGAAGCGAGAGCAGUGCAGACGCCGACGUGGAGUCGUCUGCAGCAGAGGCGGAUCAGGACACGCCCGACGACACAGGGGCAGCUCCGGUCUGAAAGCACAGCGUCUUUACUCGUCAGGUAUUAUGAAAGCUAACUCAACGGGCUGAACUGCAGCAUUCUUACUAGUAACACUCAUCCCAUCACCUGUGCUAUAAAGGUGUUCUGUUACGUGUUGUCAGAGUGUUCAAAGCUGCUUUUUCCCCCCUCCUCCGCGUCUCUCUCUACAAGUCUUGCAUGCUAAAUGUGCCGCUAACUUUGGCGUCUCUCCUGUCUAAUGGCUGAAGAUGGUCUGUCGGUGUUGCUGUGGAAACGUAAUUUCUUGUGUUUUUGCUUGUUUUCUCACAGUAUAAUGACUUGAAACAAUUAAGUGUGACAAAAAGGCAAAAAAAAUCAAAUCUGUAAGCAGGGAGGAAGUAGUCCUUCACAGCUCUGUACAUGUUACUUAUUUAGAAGUAACAUCUAUGAUGUUGACGCUGGGAUGAGUUUCUUUUCACCGUAGCAAGUUCAGGUGUCUCCUCCCUCACAUGGUUACUUUCUUUCGUGAUGGACCUGAUGACACAUUUCAAAGCCCAGUGUUUUACCUCCUGAGGCUCGGCAGCCGAUGUUUAGAGUAGACACAUCGCUGCCGGCCACAGAAAUGCUUUGGAUAGAGGUGUCACAAUACCUGGCUGAUUGCAAGGCUUUCAUGUGAUGUGUUGAGGAAACGUAAGAAGACUCGACCUCCCAGCAGUGGUGUGGAUUCAUCGUGCGGCCAUGUCCGGUGCCUUUCCAACCUUUAUGGACAUAUUUGGACCUUUUCCAGUAAUAGCCACUCAGCGCAGCUCGACUCUGUUACAAGGGUUUUCCACUAGCCAGCAUUCAGUCGGGUUAAAAACGCAAUGUCUAAAGACUGCCGGUCACUGAUGACUUUUUACACUCUUUUUUAAUUUUUUUUUUCCUCCAGUGUUUUCUGGCUCUCUUCUUUAUGGAGUGAAAAAAAAGAAGAAGAAAAAAAGCUGCAUGCGGUUCAACAGAGCUUUUAUGUCACCAUUGUAACAUUGUCUGUAUUGUGUACAGAUCACUUUGUGCUAUUUUUCGGACUGUAGGACCGCAUAGCUAUAUGACGGCCCAACCGAAUAGAGCUAGAACUCAGUGUUAAUGGAAAACCACUAGCGGUUCACCGUUUGUAGUUUUCGGAAGUCGGAUUCCGAUUUCGGCCGAUACCGAUUUUGUUUUUGUCUGAAAAGUCACUAAACAAGAAUAAGAAUACCUUUAUUAGACGCUCAGUGGGAGCGGGAGUAGAUCUUGUCCUCGGGAAUAAAAAACAAACAAAACAUCACAAGACACGGGCAUCAUAAUAAUAAUGUUGCUAUGGUGGCAACCUUAGCAACCUUGCUAUCUGCGCAUGUGCAGAUGUGACCUGGUCUAUCAGUCAGCCCUCUCUGAUGGCAGAGAAAAAGGGGACAGUGGCGGAUUUUCAGACCUUUGCAAAAUGUAGAUAAUAUCGGUUUCACGUGCACGUAUCGGAUGAUGGCUGAAAAUUCAGCAAAUCGGCGCUGAGUAGAGUUGAGCUGAGACAAGCCGCGCUGCUAGCUGCUAGCUGGAAAAGGUCCGUCAUGUUGUACAACUAACAUGUUUGCCGACUGCUUCUCACACAGUGGUGUAUGUGUGUGUGUUGACUGUGUGCGUCUCUUUCGGUGGCUGUCUCGUAACUCAGGCUGUUCUGCAGGUGCUUGCAAAAGUACAGUAUUUGCACCCCUUGAACUUUUCCUCAUUUUGUCGCCUUCCAGCAGACUUCAAUGAACUUGUGCUAGACAUAAUUAAAGAUAUAUGUUUUAUCUGCCAUAGUGCAGAUGUCAUUUGAGUUCCCAUUACUCUUUAACAUAAUUUCAUUCACAAAGUUGAUAUUUUAGUGAACAAUGUGAGCAAACGGCAUCAUGGAGACGAAGGCACACAAGCGACCACAUCAGGAAGAAAGUUGCAUAGACGUUUAAACCAGGUUUAGGUAUAAAAGAUACAAGUUUGAAUAUCUGAAAAGGAAAACUUUUUUACAACUGUAAACCCACCAAGACAUGGUGGCCAGGCAAAAAGAGCGCCAGUCAGAGAAGCAGCCAGGAAGCUGCUGGAGCUGCAGAGAUCCAGGCGUCAGGUGAGACAGUCUGUUGACAGGAAAUCACUUCACAAAAUGUUGUAUGUGGCAAAAAUCAACAACACACUUCACUCUGAAGGGAGGCUUCCUGCUGUAAAAUACAGUGUUGAUUGAAGCAUGUUUAUGGUUUAGAGCGGCCCUGUCAAAGUCCAGAGCAACAACCAGACGAGAAUGGAAAGAUUUGGAUCUUCCUGAGGAAAGGCAAAAACAUUCAGUCUGCCUAAGGUCAAAAAUGUAAGGUGAACAGACUUGCACUAAUACUAUUGGCUGAAUCUAAAUUUCAUCACACUUUUCAGAUUUUUACUGUGAAAAGAUUGACGUCAUCUAUAAUUUUAUUUCCACGUCACAAUUAAGUCUUUUACAUAAAAUCCCAAUAAAUGACAUUAAUUAUGCCAUGACAAAAUGCGGAAAAGUCAAAGUUUUAUGAAUACAUCUGCAAAGCACCACCUCUUUUUUCUUGUCCCCAUGUUUUUUUUUCUCUCUACAACAGUAUCAGUCUGUCAUUUCUGGUGUUAAACCUUACGUUAUUUUCAAUGAGAAGUGAAGUAAACUGUGUGUUUUGUCUCGGCAGUGGCAGGUGUCGGCUCCAGCCGGUGCGGUCCGCCGCCUGUUGGUGCGGCCCGGCGCUCGGCACCUCUCCUCCAGUCAUCCAGGUCACUCAGCUGUUCCACAAGAACACUUGAAGCCCAACCCCAGGCCUUUUCUUUUUUUUCUUCCCGCUCCCCUCCGUCGUCCAAUUGGCUUUGACUUUCACGUCACUUUGCCUUCCUCCAUCUUUCAGGCUGGAACUGCUGUUUGACCUCAGAUGAGGCAGAGCUCGACCCGAUGCACGGAGAGGAAAUAGUUUCACACCAACACCACUUGUGGGUUAUCCAACCCAGCACCUGAAACACUUUAUAAAACCUGACAACCUCAAGACGAAGAACCGAUCCGGGUCGCUCUCUAACCUGCUCCUGCUUCUGCCAGGUCGAGUUUGUUAUAAUUUUGCCUCCAGAAAGCGUGGCUCCGACGAAACUCGAAGGCUCGACGACUUUCAGUACAGACAAUCGACAACAAAAGUAACCACCGGGACGUUCGUUGCCUUUUUGAGAAGACAGCUUCUCCAAACUGAGAAACAGCACCCCCUUGUGGCUUUCUGAGCAGAUGUACCCAGGUGGCUUUUGUCACUCUCGAUAUCCAGGUACUUUGUGCUCCCACUGACUGUUAUCGGUGUAAACAAAUCGUCGGUUUGCAUUGUGAAGCCAACAUUCCCUCUUGUUUUAAGUGCCAAGUGUGGUUUGAAAGCGUCAACGAAUCAAGAUGGAGACAUGAGAUGCAAUAGCUGAUACGUACACAAAUCAUUUCAUAGCUAAAUAGAAGACAGAAAAAAAACUGACAUCUGAUUCCUGUCUUGUUAGUAGCUACAGUCAAUGUUUAGUAAUGUAGGUACACUACAAAAAAAUCUCAGUAUUUUUGGUCUAGAUUCCAGUGCAAAUAUCUUAGUUUUGUCUUAUUUCAAGUGUACUCACUUGCAAGUAACAUAUCAGCAAAAAAUAUAGGUUUGUUAUAAGUCAGAAAUUCAUUUAUAUGAGUGGAAAAAGGACUAGUCCCACAUAUAACCAUGACUUUUUCACCAAUAUUAGGAAAUUACUGGCUUUAAACAAGCUCAUACAUCUUGCUGAAAAGUUAUUUUUAUUUCAAAUGUAAUGAGAUAUUUGCACUAGAAACUAGACCAAAAACACUUGGUAAGAUUCGGUGGUUUUUUGCAGUGUAACACUAGAAGACCAUUUCAGACCGUUUACGUCCAUACAUGUUAACAUGCAGCUUUGUGUUUAAGCUGUGGAAGAUUUUACAUCAACACACGUGCACUUUAAGAUACUGGACUCUAGCUUAUUGCGAUUUGCGUAAAAAUAAUUUGCUAUUUACACUUGAUGUAUUUAAUUUACUCAACACUAAGUCCGAUUUUUACAUUUUUUUUUUUUUUUACUUCCCAACCGUCACAGUUGACAUCAGGUUGUUCAGGUGACUUGAUCGGCCAAGUGACCGCGAGUUAAAACUACAAGAGAAAGAUUGUGUUGAACCAAGACUUAGCGAAGAGCAGCCCAUGUUUUACAUUGCAAAUGGUGCUAAUUAACUUAAAAGCUCUGAAGCAGGAAACACUCAUCUGAAAACGUCACACCCAGACUGUUCCUGGCGAACACGUCACCCACACAAGCCAUACUUUUUUUUCUUUUUCUUUUUCAACCCAGGCAACUCCGGAGAGGCAGACGCAUCUGUGGCUUUCGCUCUUUAAUCGUUGUUUAAUGAGGGGCGGGGGGGCGGGGGGGCUGAGCAGCUGAUAGCGUCUCACGCUCGGCCUGGAGCGGCUCGGGUCUUGCACUUUAUGGAUGACUGGCGAAGCUUAACAACCGCUCGGAUGUUGUUUUCACUCUUUCUAAGAAGGCCACAUGCCUUUUUGAUCACUACAAGCCGAUUUGGUUUCCGACGGGGUCUAAAAUGGUAAUAUUUAGUUUGUGAUCUGUGCCGCUCUGGAUAUUUGCCUCUUGCAAUCAUUAAGUGCCUUGAAGGAUUGUGUUGUUGUUUUCUUAGCUUUUCUUCUGAUGAGUUGGGAUUGCUUUAUAGAUUUAUGCAGGACAUGAAACAUAUCCUCUCUCUCCCUCCCUGUGAUGGAAAGGUUUUAAAUAACACUCGUGUGUGUGUGUGUAUAUAUAUAUAUAUAUUGUUGUUUUGAAUAGACAUGUUUUUGUAAUAUUACACAAAUUGAAUCUUAGCUUAUUUACACCUGUAGUUUCACUUUAAAAAUAUAUAAACAUAUAUGCGAACAACAAGAUCCAAACUAUGAAAAGGAUACUGUAGACACUGUAACACACGCUGCUUAUCAUGUAAAAAAUUUAAUAUUCACAUGAUUAAAGAGGGAGUAACGUAUUGAACACACCUACCUUUGUUUUCUGCUUUUUUAUGUUUAAAGUCGGUGUUACCACGGCAAUAAAUGGUACCAGGUUUCUGUGAAAUAAAAUUUUGGAUCUAUCUGC